AUGAAGGACCGCAGGAGGGCUUGCAAGGCUGAGGAGAUUCAAAAACGCGUGGAGCGCAACGGAAGAAGUGACUUAUUCGCCAAAAUCGAGGUUGUCUACGGUCCGACAGCCAGAAAAACCGCUCCUCUUCUCAGCAUCGGCGGAACCACCCUGCUCACUGAGAAGACGAGAACUCGGAAGCGAUGGAUCGAGCACUUUGCAGGCGUCCUCAACCGUUCCUCCACCAUCUUCGGCGUCCCCAUCGCCCGUCUGCCUCAAGUAGAAACCAACGCCCAUUUCGACCUCCCGCCCUCUUCUCACGAACUCAUCUUGGCCGUGCAGCAACUCUCCAGCGGAAAAGCGCCCAGAUCGGUCACGAUCCUUCCAACCUAUGGAUCACCCGACGCGCUAUUCCAGAAGAUGUGGCUCCAAGGACAGGUUUCUCAGGAUUUAAAGGUCGCCACAGGCGGAAAGGGAACCGCCAACUCUGCAACAACCGUAGGGAAAUCUCGCUGA